UCUACGUCCCUGAGCGAGCCCGGCGUCAAGAUGAAUGACACAGUGACAGUCAGGACCCGAAAGUUCAUGACUAACCGGCUGCUUCAGAGGAAGCAAAUGGUCGUCGAUGUCCUGCAUCCCGGCAAGGCCACAGUCCCCAAGACUGAAAUCAGGGAGAAACUCGCCAAGAUGUACAAGACCACCCCUGAUGUUGUGUUCGUAUUUGGCUUCAGGACUCAGUUUGGCGGUGGCAAGACGACAGGUUUUGCGAUGGUGUACGACUCUCUAGACUACGCAAAGAAGAACGAGCCAAAGCACAGACUGGCCAGACAUGGUCUCUAUGAGAAAAAGAAGACUUCAAGGAAACAGCGCAAGGAACGCAAGAACAGAAUGAAGAAAGUACGAGGCACCAAGAAGGCCAGUGUCGGCGCUGCUGGCAAAAAGAAGUGAAGUGUCAGUGUGCAGUGAGUCCGGACAACCAGGGAGGGUCGCCGUGCUCAGGAUGUUCUUGUAUAUUGUCAUCAAAUAAACUUUGGAAAGAAAAAAUCUCUA